CUACCACUUUUACCGACACGCAGUAUCUUGGGCAUACCGCUGCUGAGGCGCUCAGACAUAGCGGGCCUUGCAUCGGCGAGCGCUGCGCUCAAGCAGCUUGGCCUUCCAUCUCCUGGCUUGGAAGGAGCCUGUAUAGCGGCAUCUCAAGCUCAGGAUGAUGGCAAGGUGGCGAUAUGCAAGCUUGCUGUGGGUGCGACCGGUGAAAUGUCAGAUGGCUCUCCAUCCAUUACGGUAUGCAACAAGGCCAGCGCCAGCGGGGUCGCGACCAUCGACCUCAGCUCGGUGCUCGACAGCGACCUAAACGAGCAGCAGUGGCGCGAGGCAGAGGCUGACUACUGCAGCCGGCUGCUGGACGGUCAGGCCGAGGCGAUGAGCCUGCGCGAGGUCUUCGACGCCUUCGGUCGGCUCGUCUGCCUGAACCGCUGCUGGGGGCAGCUGCGGCACGCCGCAAAGCAGGCGUCCGCCCCCAGGGCCAGCGGCCCCAAUGCGGCGGAACACACGCCUGACGGCAGCGCGCCGCCGGUUCCUGCCGUUAUCGACGCGGCCGUGUUACGGCAGCAGCUGCUGCAGGCUCUGCAGCGGCCUGCCUUCAACGACUGUGAGCUGCUGGGCUGGCUGGGCCGUGUGGUGCCAUGGAAUGAGGCGGCGGCACGGCGGCUGGAACGGCUGCGUGCCGCACCCGCCGUCGAUGCAGACACUAAGAAGCACCACGGCGCUCAGGGGGCACAGCAAGCGAAGCAGGGGCAGCCCACAGGGCCGCCACAACAGCAGCAGCACUUCCUCCAAACGCUGCCCAAAUUGCAGACGCGGGACCUGUGUCGUGCUGGCGAUAUCACGGCGGCGACUGCGAUCGAGAAAGCGACACAGCCGCCGGGGCCAGACACGCCGGCGGCAAUGGACGGGACUUGGGUUAGCCAGCAGCCGACCCACAUGGCUCCAGACGCGGCUAUCGCAGCCUGUUGGGACGGCACUGCUGCCCCUGCGGCAGGUGCUGCCCCCAUGACGGGCCGUGCAGUGGCCGCGCCGCUGUUGUCUCCACCACCGCCGGCAGCAGCAGGGAAUGCCAGCGUCGCUGGCAUAGCUGGGACCGGGGGCGGGGCUGGGCCUGGCGACACGCUCGCCCAGCAGCAGCACAGCUAUGGGCGACGGAGGUCGAACUCUCCGCGCUCGUCCACAUCUUCUGGCUCCUUCUCUAGCCGCUCGUACUCCAGCCGCUCUUAUACCACGCGCUCGCGCUCCACUUCGCGGUCACGCUCCCGGUCACGCUCAUGGCCGCGCUCAGGGCGGUCACGCUCACGGUCAUACUCACGGUCACGCUCACGGUCAUACUCACGGUCACGCUCACGGUCAUACUCACGGCCACGCUCCAAUUCCCCAUCAUCCUCAUCCUCUGGCUCCGACUCCGGCUCGCCCUCCACAUCCAGCAGCUCUGGCUCGCGGCGGCAACGGCAGAGCAGGGGCAUGGUGCCUCACACCCGAUCUCCCGCUCCAUCGGAAGGCAAGUUGGGUGAGCGAGCGGCCGCCCAUGCCCAGUCGCAGACUGCGACUGGGAAAGGCACCGGCGACGGCGAAGGCGGCGCUGAGGGUGCUGGCGGUGCCGCGCCGGCGGCUGACGCACUGCCUGCGGCGGCGCCGGCGGCGGCAUUGCGACAGGAAGUCAUAGCGAAGGGCUUCGCCGCAACUGUGGACACGGCCUUGGAAAGGGAGCAACCGCUGCCAGCGGCACCGCCACAAGGGCUGGGGCUGCAGGAACGUGCCGGGCGUGCUCCGAAUGAGUGCUCACGGGACCCGUGCGCAGCUGCGAGAAUGCUGCCCGGUGGCAUGACCAUCGCAGCAGCACAAAGUGCAGCCGCGGCAGCGCGCCCGGUGGUAGCAGCGGCCGCCGCAGCACCUGCAAUUGCCGGUGACUCGGCAAGGCAGACGGCGGCGGUGGAGGUAGCAGCUGCAGAGGUGCCGCCACAAACACGGGCGCUAUCAGGCGCGGGCGGCCAAGCGCAGCUGAGCAGGCAGUCCUCCGAGCUGUCGGAGGGAGAGCUGCCCAGGAGCGACACGGCCUACCACGCGUCUGGGCAGCCGGCAGAGGACAACACAACAGCGAGCACGCGACCAGCUAAGGGGCCGCCUCCCCAUGACCGGCGGCCAUCAUCACGCCACCACCACAGCCCGGCAGACCGCGGGCGGGGCAGAUCGCCAGCCCGCAGCCGGGACAGGUCGCCUGCCCGUGGUCGGGACAGGUCCCGCUCACGCUCCAACCGGCAUCGGUCGCGCUCUCUGUCGCGCUACCCGCAGUGGCGUUCACGCUCGUGGACGCCUCCGCGCGGCGUCGCGCGGCGGGAGGCACAGUCGGAGCAGCUCGCGUGGGCGCGACAGCUGCACAAGUGGCUGCUGCGUCAGCCGGGGCACACGGCCACAAUCUUGCAGGCGCGCAGCGCUGGGCUGGGCGUCCCCGGCCGGGUGCUGGACGUGACGCGGCGCAAGCCGCACCUGUUUUGGGGGGAUCACUCGCAGCUGUGGGAUCUCCGGAGGCACAAGCAAAACUUUUGGCUGUCGGAGCUCCGCGUAGUGCUCCCAGAUGGCGCUGGAACGGGCGGCACUGAACCUGCGGCCGGCAGUCAGCAGCCCGCCGGCGGCGGAGAAACCUCGGCGCCAGGGAGUGAGCAGGAGCGGGCGCAACUGGAGGCACGCUACGUGCGCGAGCUGUACGCCUUCCUUCUCAUGCAUCCGGAAGGCAUCGCAGUACGCGACCUUUUCAGCUACAACAUGGAAGUGCCGCCUGGCAUCCUGCGCGGCCGCAAGAUCACCACACCCCUCAAGUACUACCAAUCCAUGGGCAUCCUUAGGAUUAACAACCCGCCGCCCGGCACGCCAGAGCCGCUCACGUUGUGGGCGGUGCCCGGGCGGCAUGCGGAGGCGGCUGUGGAAGAGGUGCGCGACCGCCUUGCCGUGCAGGGGCGACGGCGGCACAGCGCCGCGGCGGCGGCGACGGUGGUGAGGACGGUGGGUAGCUAGUGCGUGGCGGCGGCGCAGCUGCCGGUGGCGGCAUAACGUGACAGGUGGAGAGCUGCAUGGGUUCCCGUCUUACAAUAGAUGAGGUGCUGGGCCGCGCCGUCAUUUGCUAUACCGCGGCAGGUGCUCUGGAAAGUGUUCCCUGCACCUGCAUGUACGUGCUGUGGGAAGACUGCAGGUUUGAGUAGGUAUCGGCAGUGACGUGUGUGCAGGUUACGUGCUUGGGUGGCUGGCCAGCAGGAUGACGAACAGGCAAAGCAGUUAAUUGUGCAACGGUCUUGCAUCAUACAUAGGGUGGCCCACACUUAGGCCCACAUGCGCACAUGCGGCACCUCACUUGCCUGGUGGGCCCCACAUGGGAGGAUACUGCAGGAUGGAUGUGCAUGCACGCGUGUGUAACUUUGUAUCACG